CGAGGCUGAAGUUUCGUGCGCCUAGUACCCCAUCUCAAACCGGUGCUGAGUGUCCAUAUAUGAUGGUCGCUCAGGGUCCUCCAAGCCAUACAAGAAACACAUAAGAACAAGAACACUGGCCGUUUCCCUUCUCACAAGAAUAUCAUGCCCCUCGAAUCGCCUCUCAGUUUCUUCAUUAGCGCCUCUGAUUCCUCUCGAUUAUCAUGGUCGCAUUUUAACCUCGAUAUCGCGUCCGGAGUGUCCAUUUUUUUCGGAGGCAAAGCAGCCGUAUCUGCAUUUGCAUUACAACCGAUGUAUGGUCGUAUAUGGCAUGGGUGGUACAAUGCACCUGGAUGCCAUGCAAUUGUGUGGGAACUGGUUAGAACAGUGUUGCAGGGUCCCUUCUCAUUGUAUUCAGAGAGACUCGCGCUGUCCCUCGGCCUAGAUGGCAAAGAAGGACCAAAAUACAUUGCAUCGCGGUCAGGAACGGUCAUGCAGCAUACUCGCCAUCUCGCCUACGUGCUUAACAACAGCAGCUGGAGGGGCAAGGAGUGCAAGCCAGUGGUCGUGGGUCAGAGGAUAAGCCCGACGCCCAUGCAAUUGAUGAUCGUGGACUUCAAGAAGAAGGUGCCGACGGGAAAUGACACGCUACCUCCAAGAAGUUCUCGCCACUCUUCAUUGCCCAUGAUCGCCAGCGCCGCUAGCAUCGCAGCUUGCGCCAUGUGUGUUAGUGUUGAGGACUGGUUAUCCUUCAAGAUGAUUCUGCUUGGGAUAAUCUCCUCUGGAAUCACUUCUUCCAUCAUGUCCACUGGGAAUAUAACCCUUGAACGGCUCAAACCGGCACAUGGUGUUCCACGCGGAGACGGCAUGCUACUAUCGGAUACUCGUAUCGUGAUAUUGAGAGGCAACGAGGAGGAUGUUAACGCUGUGACCAAGGGGAAACUGCGACUGGAGCUCAAAGGAGGGGGUUACACCGUCCUUCUCUGCGCGUUCAUAGCGUUGUUGCAAGUUACCCUACAGCUCGUCUUCAUGCCUUUCGGAUCGCUACCAGGACAACUCAUGUUCCUGUUAUCACUGCUAGUGUCUGUGGCAUGCAAUCUAUAUCUCUCAGCAAAUGAAGACGAAGUGCAAUCAAGUGCCCUCAUCACCCUACUGAAUACUCCGGAGGUGAAAACGUACCAAGCCAGUUCUAGAGCAACCGCUGCCGUUCUGGCGUGCUUAGCGCUCUGUUGGGAGUCUAACACACCACCUACGCAAGUCCUCCAGGAGAUUGUCCCCAUCAAACCAAAAGCGUGGAAGGCCUGGUCUGAGUUUGUCGUGGAUAAUAUCAGGGAGAAGAGGACUCAAUUCGUGUGGGGGAAGAACGAGUCAACGGACUGUCUGAAUGAUGAAGAAGAUAAGCUUUUACUCGAGCUCAUCGAUGACGCUCAUGCAGCGCACGACCAGUAUAUUAAGGAUCACACUAUCGCAUAGCUAUACCGGUAUCUGCGCGGCUGCACCA